GACCCGACUGAAGACGGAAGGAGCUAAAAUAUUCACAGUGCAAGAUUGUUGAACAUGAAACAAAAUAAUAAAAAGUCAUCCUGUUGUUGUUUUCUUCUUUCAGUGAUUCACACGCUGCAGUAUUUCUACACUGCGUCCUCUCAAGUUCCAAACUUCCCAGAGUUUGUGGAGGUUGGUUAUGUUGAUGGAGUUCAGAUUUCUCACUAUGACAGCAACAGCAGGAAAGCAGAAGCCAAACAGGACUGGAUGAACAAAAUCACAGCAGAGGAUCCAAAAUACUGGCAGAUACAAACAGAGAUCAGUGUUGGUAAUGAGUUGACUGGCAAACACAGCCUUGAAGUUCUUAAGAAGCUUUUCAACCAAACUGGAGGUGUUCACAUUCUCCAGAGGAUGACUGGAUGUGAAUGGAAUGAUGAGACUGAUGAAGUUAAAGGUUGGGAUCAGAGAGGUUAUGAUGGAGAAGAUUUCAUAUCGUUGGACAUGAAGACAUGGACAUUUACUGCAGCAAAACAACAAGCUUUCCCCACCAAACUCAAGUGGGACCAGAACAAACAUCUACUAGAAUACAAUAAGUUUUACUUCACUGAGGAAUGUCCUUCUUACUUGAAGAAGCAUGUGAACGAUGGGAAGGAGGUCCUAAUGAGAACAGAGCUUCCAGAGGUGUUCCUGCUCCAGAAGACGCCGUCCUCUCCGGUCAGCUGCAUGGCGACAGGUUUCUACCCCGACGGUGCCGACCUGUUUUGGAGGAAAGACGGCGAGCAGAUCUUCGAGGACGUGGAGCACGGAGAGAUACUCCCCAACCACGACGGAACCUUCCAGAUGUCGGUGGCGCUGAAAGUGGAGGUGACGGCCGACGUGGAGGGCAAGUACGAAUGUGUGUUUCAGCUGUCAGGCGUCAAGGAGGACUUGGUCACCAAGCUGGAGAGAAGAAGCAUCCUGAGCAACGCAAGCCAUGAAGGUGAGAAAGACACAUUUAGUUGGAGAUGUUUCCCAUCACAAGUCCACCUGUCACCAUUAUUGAUCCAUGUCACCAUGACAACGCUUGACGUCUGCAUGCAAAGUAGUCAUGAAGGUUUCCUCUUCAUGCUUUGUCACUCCACUUGUGCUUUUUUGCUCUCCACAGACAACUUGAGCGUCGCCCUCGCUGCCACGGCGGCGGUCCUCGCUGUGGCGGCCAUCAUCAUCAUCAUCAUGGUCAUGGUCAGGCGUCACAGAAACAGACAAGGUGAGGGACGCCAAUGUCCUCUGUCUUCUUCUUCUCGGUGCACUCGGUCCAGGCCGUGAGUUGAUGCUUUCAUCCGGGCUGCAAAGUGGCGGCCAUCUUUUAGUUGCCUUCCAGCCAAACACUCAAAGAUCCACAGAGACAGAGCGCACACUCUCACGUAGAAACACGGCGUGACGUGAGGGGAAAAGUCCACUUCACCUUGUUUCUCUUUCAUUUCAGCCCAGUACGAUCCAGCUGGUAAGUAAAACAUCUUUUCUUUGAGCCGCAAGAAACAAAGCCGUGGUGAAGCGUCACUCACAUGGAGGUCUGAUGUGGACCUUUGUUACAAGUUUAGCCGGAAAAGCCCAACUGGAGCUGACUCCUUCACAAUAAAAGUCCCUCCUGUGAGCACACGCAAUACAAAGUCUGGCAUAUCUCACUUUUGACAGGAGUCCUCAUGAUGAGGAUCAGCCAAAUGAGACAUCAAGUGUGCUGACUCGUCAUGUUUCCAAGUCACACCUCAAAGAUCUGAUGUGAGUGACGAGGCACCUUCUGGAUGUUCUUCCUUCACCGUUUGCGUUUGUCCCGCAGCUCGCCACGGCGGCGUGGAGCUCGACGAGAACGUGCAGGCGGCUGAAGGCUGAGUAAGCUCACAUGGACUGUCUGCACCUCCAAAUGUUCUUGUGUGAAGAUGAUGUUCAACUUGGAUUCACCUGCUUCUGUCGGGAAUGUGCUGAGUGGUCUUCUUCCUCCAGGAUGCUUUGUGCACUGGAACACAGGGAGAUGUCUCCAUCGCUGAGGGACGUCAUCACACUCGGAGAUGAGAUGGAGAUGUGCUUUGUUCUUCGUCCGACUGCUCCUCACGCUAUUCCAUGUAUUCUUCUUUGGCCGUUAAAAGACUUUCAAGAUCAAACGUUGGUGGCUGUAAAAUCGCACGUUUCAUGGCCUUGACGUCAUGACGAGGAUUUCUUCUUUUCUUUCAAUGGCCGCUGCUUAUGAUCAAUAUCACAUUGUGUCACAUCUCUGUCAAUAAAUCCGUUUUUCCUCCA